AUGACGUCCGAACACUUAGGGGUUGUUGACGCGCUUCCAUACUUCGAUAAAGGAUAUGAUGAUCCUGGAAUAAGAGAAGCUGCAGCUCUUCUAGUCGAAGAGGAGAUGAAACGAUACAGGCCGACAAAAAACUAUUUGGAACAUCUUCCCUCUUUAUCGGGACCGAUUCAAAUGAAGUUCGAAACUGAGGUGAUGAAAGCUGAGUUUGACAGGCUCUCCAACCGUCUACCAAUGGAAAUGUUAAGUAUGAAACGUUACGAGUUGCCGCCGCCCCCUGCUGGAAAAAUGACCGACGUGAAAGCUUGGCAAGACGCAAUGGAGAAUGCUGAA